CGAGACUGUAAACGAGAGGCGCGUUUUUGAAUAAGAUUCAAGAAAUUUGUCAACAUUGGACAAAGAUUAUUUUAGCAUGCAGAACACACGUGAAGAAUUAAUAAAUGUUGCUGAAAAUGGAGGCCUCGACCAAUUUGUUUCUUUUUUGAAAUUGUGCAAAACAGAUGGGCAUGAUUUACAAGAAGUGUUGAGUGGCUGUAGCAAGUCUCAACUGGACAAAUUAUGGGACAGUAUACAACAGAAAUGUGCCACUACAUUUAUGAGUUUAGAGGUUGCAGAAGAGAAUGAAGAUCAAAUGCAAGAGGAAUUACAGAAAUUGCUAGACGUUUUGGAAGGUGUUGUAAACCUAGCAUCAGCAGCUAUAAACCAGCAAGAAAUCUAUGUUCCAGUCUCCUUAUAUUCUACUUCAGUUGUCCUAAAUGGAUUGCUCUUGCCUUUGCCAGAGAAAGCAGAAAAACUGAAAAAUAUAAUGUCACAUUUAUUUGAAGUUUGGUGGCAGAAAGAGAUACAGGGGGCAGAAGAAUUAAUGUCAAACACAUUUAUCUAUCUUUUGCAAAGGAGUCUUCAAACUCAAACAAUGGUAGAUGUAAAAAGAGUGUGGACAGUACAUGAAGCUUUAAGUCAGGUCGAUUUGACCAAUGAAAGCAGUAAAAGUUUGAAAAACCUGCUAAAACAAUGUACAUACAAUAUAGCAUACCUAAGAUGCUCAGAGGGAUGCAGGUUUCUGGCUUAUAUUUUAAGCCAAGAAGUAGAGCUUACAAAGAUUCUGCACAAUACAAUAAAAAAUCAUUUAUCUACUACAGCCAGAUCAUGGUUAGUGAAGUAUGGAGAGAUUUACUUUAGAGCAUGGCAAAGAGCUACAGGACCAGUUUUAGAGAAAUUAGAAACUAGUUGUAUUCAAGAUCUAAUGUAUAAUGCUGUACAUACAAGAAAACCACUCUGCCAAAGUCUUCGAAGGAUUCUGUGUUAUAUACAUAAUCAGAAGAAACAGAAAGGAGUAGAAGAUAUGUUACUGAAAUUAUAUGACCCUAUUUUGUGGAGGUCCCUUAAGGUAGCAAAUCCUUUGGUGAGAGUCAAUGCCACAGCAAUUUUGAUGGAUGUUUUUCCAUUACAAGAUCCAGAUUCUAAAAUUGAAGAGACCAACAAACUGAUGCAAAAACAAUUUGAUACUAUAACGAUCUUAUUGGACGAUCCUGUUCCUGUUGUGAGAAGUACUGCUGUGGCUGGUGUGUUUAAGAUCAUGUCAGUUUACUGGGAGAUGAUCCCUGCUGAAAUAAUUCAAAGUUUGAUAUCUAAAAUUAUCCUAGAACUGAUAUGGGAUGCUUCCUCAGCUGAUGUCAGGGAGAAUGUCAUCAAGGGUCUAAUAGUCCUCCUGGAUAAUCCUUUAUGCCACUCGGUUUUGAAACCAAUUCUUCCUGAGUUGAAGAACUUUGUCCAUGAUUCCUCAGAAAAGGUCAGGGUGGCCAUGUUAGAUAUGUUGCUGAAAGUCAAAGGUCUUAGAGCAAUCAGGUUUUGGAGCAUUGUCCCUGUUGAGCAUCUUCUAGCCAGACUAGAGAUAGACACACCCCCUAUUGCUAGGCGUAUUAUGAAGUUGAUCUUUUCUAGUUUUAUGCCAGCAGAUAAACCUGCUGAUGUGCAGAUAGGUAGAUGUGUGACCCUAAUACAAACCAACAUUGGGGCAGCCAGACAGUUUUAUAACAAAGCACAUAACCAUAUGAGUAUACAGGAUACAGUAAAUUACAUCACACUGUUGUGUAGAUGUAUACUACAAUGUAUGAAGGCAGAAGCAAUAAAGAACAGAUUAAAUGACAGUGCUACUGGUGAUGGUGACAAAUAUGGUAGAGAUCAAGAUGACACUCAGAUUGAUGUUUCAGAGGAUGAACUUUCUGUACACAACAUCAAACUUAUGACCAGGAUUCUUGAAGCUAUAGUUUUGUUGUGGAACUCUGUUUCUGUGGAGUUAGACAAGACAUGUAACAAAGAGAUUUUACUUGGAUUACAGAAUAAGUUCAUGGUUGCUUUACCAGAAAUGUUUAAAGCUUUCAAUGAUUCACAGAUAUUGACAUCGCUGAUUAUGAUAGCGGGUAAUCUGCCCUCUAAAUCUGUACCUAGUGUCAGUCGAAGUUGCCUGUCAAAAUUGAGGAAAAUGGAAGAAAAUAAAACUGAAGACUAUGGGUGCUUUUUAGAGGUCAUGUGUAACUGGGGGAAAAUUGAAGAUGUUUUUGAAAUGGUGGAUGAAUGGAUAAAAGCAUCAAUGCCUAAAGCAGUGAAGAACAUUUUGGCAUCUUAUGCUACAACUGUAAAAAGAACAAGGAAGAGUGUUGGUUUUGUAGAGCCUAGUGCACCUCGACCACAGCUUGGACUAGAGUAUAUAUCCUACCUGAUAAAACAUCCAACUUGUCAAGCUAUUAUUCUAUCAAAAUACAGAGACAAUGUAGUAGAACUGAUAGCAACAUUACAAGAUGUCAGGAAAUGUAUUGAGGGAAGAAUGACAAACAGAAUACCUACAGAAGGUGACGACUUUACAGAUGAUUUAUUGGUGGAAUGUUUUACAGUGUACCUAAAGUUACUUGUACUUCUGCAUGAUGAUGGUGAUAACAGUGCAAUACUCAAGCUUGGUCAAGUUAUUAACUGGAGUGAUUCUCACCUGAUACCUGUAUUAGAAUCACAAGAUCGGUCAAGAUCAAAUAAUUCAACAACAAGUCUGUCUUCUGAAUCAGAUAACAACACUCAUUCAAAUACACAAGAUUUUACUCAAGGUGUAUUUAGCCGUACUUUAUAUAAUGUAGAUGCUACGGUGUUAUUGUCUGGAGGUAGAUCCAGAAAACGCUCUAUUGGAAAGGCAACACCACAUGCAAUUAACCUUGCUUCGAAUGUAAUACAGGGUUUAUUAAGUGUUUGCAGUAACAUGUUUCUGAUUGGGAUAGCUGAUGAAGAUUUUUCAGUUCAAGUUACCAAUUUUUGUUCAGAUUGCUUACAAGCAGAUUCUGCAUUGAACUUGCUGCCACAGAUAAUAACCUGUUUUUAUCAGGUGACUGAGUUUAUUUUGCUAAGUCACCAUGUUGUUGACAAUAAUAGUAACAGCCACCAUGGUAACCUGAUAUCUGACUUUUUUGGCAAGACAUUUGUUUCCUUGGCAGUUCACAUAAGCAAGAAGAAAGAACAUGGAAUAAAGGUAUUGAACUUGGUGAAAGGACCAGUAACAGAAAUUUUGAUGUCUGUAUAUAAAAGUAAUGUGUUGGAAUCUACUGUGAUCAGAGACCUCAGUGCUACAAUGGUAGCUGCUGUCUUGGCUGAGAUGUCUAAUGCUAGUAGAAAUCUUGAUCUUGAUGGGCUUUGUGACAGUUUUACUUCAUUACCUCUUUUGUCAGCAUGGUUGUGUGAAAUUGUUUGCAGGAAGUCCUUUAUUGCCAGGAAUUUUCUUACUGAAUUGUCAGUAUGUAUUGAUUCAGGAGCCAUAACAGACCUACACAACCUACAUAGUGCAUCACAUUUAUUAGCAACUAUUGUCAACGGUAGGCUAGCUUUCCCAGGAACAAAGGACUGUUGGGAAUCUAUACACAGGGAAUUGGAGAAGCUGAAAAGAAAAGACCUGGAACAGCUUGAAGGAGUUGCUGAACAAGAAAGCAUGAGAUUAAUGAAUCAGAAAUUGGCUUUGAUAUCCAGUGGAAUGACAAUUCAGUGACAAACAGUUUAUGUGUGAUAGCCCAGAGUAUAAUCUAUUAUUGUCAAUUUACUAUUUUAUAACAGAACUAUCAUGUUUAAAAACAUAUAAAUUCAUUGCAGUGAA